CCCCGCUCCCCUGCCCUCCCCGGCCGGCUCUUCUCUUCCCCUGUGAGGUGGCGGCCGGCCUCGCCUGCCUCCCCGUCCGCUCCAUUCGCCUCUCCUCCGCUCUUCCCCGUUCUCCCUCGGCCCAGAGCGGCCCGAGUCCCGACCUCCGGGUGGCCGCAGAGCCCCGGCGUGCGCUCCUUCCUCGGACCCUCGGCCUGCCCCGCCACGCCUGCCCACCAUGAACGAGGAGUACGAUGUGAUCGUGCUGGGCACCGGCCUGACGGAAUGUAUCCUGUCAGGUAUAAUGUCAGUGAAUGGAAAGAAGGUUCUUCACAUGGACCAAAACCCCUACUAUGGAGGAGAAAGUGCAUCGAUAACGCCACUGGAAGAUUUGUACAAAAGAUUUAAAUUACCAGGACAACCACCAGAAUCAAUGGGGAGAGGAAGAGACUGGAAUGUUGACUUAAUUCCCAAGUUCCUUAUGGCUAAUGGUCAGCUGGUCAAGAUGCUGCUGUACACAGAGGUCACGCGCUACAUGGAUUUCAAAGUGGUCGAAGGGAGCUUUGUGUAUAAGGGAGGAAAAAUCUACAAGGUUCCUUCUACUGAAGCAGAAGCCCUAGCAUCUAGCUUAAUGGGACUGUUUGAGAAACGUCGCUUCAGAAAAUUCCUAGUGUAUGUUGCCAAUUUUGAUGAGAAAGAUCCUCGCACAUUUGAGGGUGUUGACCCUAAGAAGACUACAAUGCGAGAAGUGUAUAAAAAAUUUGAUUUGGGUCAAGAUGUUAUAGAUUUCACUGGUCAUUCUCUUGCACUUUACAGAACUGAUGACUACUUGGAUCAACCCUGUUAUGAUACCAUUAAUAGAAUUAAACUUUACAGCGAGUCUUUGGCAAGAUAUGGCAAAAGCCCUUACCUUUAUCCACUCUAUGGACUUGGAGAACUGCCUCAAGGAUUUGCAAGGUUAAGUGCCAUUUAUGGGGGUACCUACAUGCUGAAUAAACCAAUUGAAGAGAUCAUUGUGCAAAAUGGAAAAGUGGUUGGUGUAAAAUCUGAAGGAGAGAUUGCUCGUUGCAAGCAGCUUAUCUGUGACCCCAGCUAUGUGAAAGAUCGGGUAGAAAAAGUGGGCCAGGUGAUUAGAGUUAUCUGCAUCCUCAGCCACCCCAUCAAGAGCACCAAUGACGCCAACUCCUGCCAGAUCAUUAUUCCACAGAACCAAGUCAAUCGAAAGUCAGAUAUCUACGUUUGCGUGAUCUCCUUUGCACACAAUGUGGCAGCGCAGGGCAAGUACAUUGCCAUUGUCAGUACAACCGUGGAGACCAAGGAGCCUGAGAAAGAGGUCAGGCCAGCGCUGGAGCUUUUGGAACCAAUUGAACAGAAGUUUGUUAGCAUCAGUGAUCUCUUUGUGCCUAAAGAUCUGGGAACAGAGAGCCAGAUCUUUAUUUCCCGUGCAUAUGAUGCUACAACUCACUUUGAGACAACCUGUGACGACAUUAAAGACAUCUACAAAAGGAUGACAGGAUCUGAGUUUGACUUUGAAGAAAUGAAACGCAAGAAGAAUGACAUUUAUGGGGAAGACUAACAGCAGUACACGUUAAUUAGGACAAAUUUUAAAUUUGGCAAAUAAUGUACAUUGUAUGAAAUCAAUAUUGCAAGGCCUGCUUUUAUAAUCAGAAUGGAGAUUGAAGAGCGCUGUAUCAGUAAACGCUCCUUCCCAGCACUUUUCUAAUAUCAUGUAUUAACUUGUCAAAAUUGGUCAGUUCUGUUCCACUUAACCAAACUGGCUUUUUUUCCUAGUGAAGGAACAGUUCUUAACAAAUACUGUUAUCAAUAGAGAACUGGACACAGUAUUUAUAUCUUUUAAUCAGUGUAACUUUGCAAUUGUGGGCUUCUGCUCAAAAACUGGAUCCAUACAAUUUGUGCCAUCUUGAUGUUGAGUCUAAGUUGAAUGUUCCAGAGUCUAGGGCAGCAUCACCACAUUUUCCCUAUAUUUCAUGUUACACGAGGGAUUAUAGCAGGGCCCAAAUAGGAUAGCGACGGGUUUGGUUUAUUUCGGCAUAAACUGCUCACCCUGGAGGAAGCCAGCAGUACAUGGUUUUAUCCUGGUAAAAUUGAUGAGAAAGGGCAAGGAAUUUAUCAAACAGCAAGUCAAAUGUACAAGCAUCUCUUUAAUCCCACAUGUGGCUUCUUCAAUGGACCAAGCUGCAAGGCAGUAUUGAUUUGACAGAGCCUCUAUUUCAAUGAUGUUUGUGUCAAAAUGGCUCCAAAUGAUUUCUGUACUGCAAAAUAAAGCCAAACUCAACACCA